CUUGACUCAGGAUGGACCAAUCAGAUUUUCUCUCUCUUGGCUUGGCUUCUGUUGCCUGUUCUGAAAGCCCUGUUGUCUGCCAGCACGUGGACAGCAGAGAAAGGAGGUGUGUGGAGAAUCAGGUGGACACAGAGAGAAGCUGCAGAUGGAGUCGGGGGCGGGGAGAGAGAGAAAGAGAAAGAGAGAGAGAGAGACAGAUUCCUUUACUGCACCGGCCAGCUGGACGUCAUCGCUCCCUCCCCAGCACCCCCCAAUCUGCAUGACUCCCAGGACGCAUCCCAUCCUGCUCGCGUGGGAGUUCUCGCAUCUGGGAGAGUUUAUAAGCCGAGGCCCCGGACCUCUCAGCAUCACAGACCUUCCUCCUCAUUCUUCUGCUCUUGGGCCUCCAGCUCUCCCGGCAGCAUGGCUUUCAGCGGCAAGUUUGAGACCGAGAGUGAGAAGAACUACGACGAGUUCAUGCAGCGUCUGGGGCUCCCCAGCGACGCGAUUGAAAAGGGCCGCAACUUCAAGACCAUCACGGAGGUGCAGCAGUCUGGGCAGGACUUCGUCUGGUCCCAGCUCUACCCCGGGGGCCACUCCAUCACCAACAAGCUCACCGUGGGCAAGGAGUGCGACAUGGAGACCGUUGGGGGCAAAAAGUUCAAGGCCACCGUGCGGAUGGAGGGUGGGAAGGUGGUGGUGGACUCCCCCCAUUACCACUUUACCGCGGAGAUGGUGGAUGGCAAGCUGGUGGAGAUCUCCACCUUUGGAGGCGUGACCUACGAGCGCGUGAGCAAGAAGCUGGCCUGAGCUAGUGGGCAGGGCUCUGCAGGGGCCACCAAGCCACCAAUAAAGCUGGUGUAACA